CUUGAAGUGUCUGUCCGUGUCUGUACAAUGUGAUGCUGUCACCGAACAGGCCUUCGUACAAGGUGCUAGCUAACUUGAAGCCCACAAUCAAUACACGAAGUCCGAAUCAUCAGACAGUUCCAGUCCACCGCAGCACUCGGUCCCGCCAACUUGCUGCCGAUUCAACGCGAGCCACGAUCCUCGGUGUAUAGAUGAAACAAAUCGUAUCCGCGCACCACAUUAUACGAUACCAUAACCACGACUAUGACCACAAUACACCAGAAUCAUAACAGUACCCAUACGAACUCGGACCUCAACUUAGCCAAGUUGAAUCUAUCCAACUAUACUCUCCCACCCAAUAUCGCCAACUUACUCAACCUCACCACAGAAUCAAACACCACCAGCAACACUCACCAUGAAUUCCCCAGCAUCAUCUUCGACGAUACCUCAAACUCCGACGACCUCGACCUCUUCCUCCACUGCUGGAUGCGCCCAUCCUGCCCAUCCUGCCUAUCCCCCACCAACCCCUAUCCAUGCAGCUGGUGCGAGACUUCCCAGACUUGCGUCCCCAACACAAUCUACCCAUACCCAUUCGGAAUUUUAUCACCAAUUAAAUCAUCCACCAUCUGUCCAUUGGGAUGGCGGGAACGAUGGGAAAUGCGUGCUCGGCCAUUCAGUUGUCGAUGUUCAAGUAUGACUUUUAUUUCUGUCGUGGUUGCCGUGCUGGUCACGUUGGGUUGUGUGCUGGGGAUUUGCAUGGCUGUGAAAUUGGGGAGGUGGGUUAGAAGGAAAGUUGAAUCACGUUCUACCAACCGCCGUAUAUUGGUGGUACAGCCUGUAAUAGUGCCGUGCGAUCCUGAUCCUCGACCUCGGCCUCACUCUCAAAUGGACGUUGAACGAGAACGAGGAGGACUCGGACAACAACAUCAACGAGCGAGAUGUCCAAGUACUAGAAGUACUACGGCUACGAGUACGAGUAGGACAAGUGUACAGGCAGCAGUGGAUGAGAGGACGCCGCUUUUGGUUUGAACUAUCACCUAGCAGCAUGAAACAACUAAAACACUCUUGAAUCGACGACACGCAACGAAUGAUCGAUGUUAGUAGUAGUCCGCGCAUCACCCCUGCUCCUCACUACUGGGAUUGUACAGUACGGGGCUUUAAAAACGUGCCCACAGGCUGGCUUGUUAAAGGAACUGAUAAGAUCAACUGAGGUGUAAGACGACACUUUUGUAUCUAUACAAGUACCAAAAAACAAGUACACAACCUUCGGCUUGAUAUGCAUCGCUCGCCAAAAGUUCAGUUCGCCCAAGCAGUCCAGAUUCUGGACCGCACUGCAGCCGCACAUACACUGCAGCCAGUAUAUGCUUAAUCGUAC